AUGUCUGGAAAAUUUGAGCCGAAACAAAAAGUCGAACUCGACCCGCCGAAGGACGAUCCCAUCAGCUUGGAUUACCUAUCUAAAUGCGACGGAACGCAUGAGGGAUAUCCAACUUAUGUUGCCAUCAAGGGAACUGUUUUCGAUGUGACUGGCAACAAGGCCUACGAACCAGGAGCUUCAUACUCUGUCUUUGCUGGCAAAGAUGCAUCCAGAGCUCUCGCACAAUCUUCCCUCAAGAAAGAGGAAUGUCGACCAGAAUGGGAAGACCUCAAACCAGAACACAAAAAGGUGCUCGAUGACUGGUACACUUUCUUCAGCAAGCGUUACAACAUCAAGGGCAAGGUUGCCACUGAUAGUGCAAACUUGUAG